AUGGUCCUGCAGGCGCGCAACAAGCACCGGGACGCGGCCGCCAAGCCGCCGCCGCCGCCGCCGCCGCCUCAGCCCGGCGCCUGCGGGGAGCCCGGGCCCGAGCGCGCGGCCGCGUCUGCAUCGGCGUCCCCGGGGCGCAAGGGCGCGGCGGGCCGGCGAGGAGCCCGCGGCGGCGGCGGCGGCGGCGGCGAUUCGGCCGGCUCUCCGCCUCCGCCCCCGGGGGGCGGCCUCGGGGGGCGCCUGCGGGCCCGGCUGCGCGCGGGGAGCGGCCGCGCCUGGACCACGCUCGCGCUAGCUGCCCUUGCUGCAGUGUUGCACUGGAGCCACAUAACACACCUCUUUGAAAAUGAUCGUCAUUUUUCUCACCUCUCAACAUUGGAAAGGGAGAUGGCUUUUCGUACGGAAAUGGGGCUGUAUUAUUCCUAUUUCAAAACUAUUGUGGAAGCACCUUCAUUUUUGAAUGGCGUGUGGAUGAUAAUGAAUGAUAAACUCACUGAAUACCCCCUUGUUAUUAAUACAUUAAAAAGGUUCAAUCUUUACCCUGAGGUAAUUUUAGCCAGCUGGUACCGGCUCUAUACCAAAAUAAUGGAUUUAAUUGGCAUUCAAACUAAGAUAUGCUGGACAGUCACAAGAGGUGAAGGACUCAGUCCCAUUGAAAGCUGUGAAGGAUUGGGAGAUCCUGCUUGCUUUUAUGUUGCUGUGAUUUUUAUUUUGAACGGAUUGAUGAUGGCGUUGUUCUUCAUCUAUGGCACAUAUUUAAGCGGCAGCCGCCUGGGAGGGCUGGUGACUGUGCUCUGCUUCUUUUUCAAUCAUGGAGAGUGUACCCGGGUGAUGUGGACACCGCCUCUCCGAGAAAGCUUCUCUUAUCCCUUCCUCGUACUCCAGAUGUUACUUGUGACUCACAUUCUCAGGGCUACAAAACUUUACAGGGGGAGCUUGAUUGCACUUUGCAUUUCCAAUGUAUUUUUCAUGCUUCCCUGGCAAUUUGCACAGUUUGUGCUUCUUACUCAGAUUGCAUCAUUAUUUGCAGUAUAUGUUGUGGGAUACAUUGAUAUAUGCAAACUGCGGAAGAUCAUUUAUAGUCACAUGAUUUCUCUUGCAGUUUGUUUUGUCUUGAUGUUUGGAAACUCAAUGUUAUUAACAUCUUAUUAUGCAUCCUCUUUGGUAAUUAUUUGGGGUGCACUGGCAAUAAAACCACAUUUCUUGAAAAUGAAUGUAUCUGAACUUAGUUUAUGGAUUAUCCAGGGAUGUUUUUGGUUGUUUGGAACUGUUAUCCUCAAGUAUUUGACAUCUAAAAUCUUUGGCAUUGCAGAUGAUGCUCACAUUGGCAACUUAUUAACAUCAAAAUUCUUCAGUUACAAGGAUUUUGAUACUUUAUUGUAUACCUGUGCAGCAGAGUUUGACUUUAUGGAAAAGGAGACUCCACUGCGGUACACAAAGACAUUGUUGCUUCCAGUUGUCCUUGCUGUGUUCAUUGCAAUUGUUAGAAAGAUUGUUGGUGACAUGUGGGGUUUCUUAGCCCAACAGCAGACAACUGUUAGGAAACCUCAGUUUGAUCAUGGCGAGCUCGUUUAUCAUGCACUACAGCUAUUAGCAUAUACAGCCCUUGGUAUUUUAAUUAUGAGACUAAAACUCUUCCUGACACCACAUAUGUGUAUUAUGGCAUCCCUGAUCUGCUCACGACAGCUAUUUGGCUGGCUCUUUUGCAAAGUACAUCCUGGUGCUGUUGUUUUUGCUGUAUUAGCAGCAAUGUCAAUCCAAGGUUCAGCAAAUCUGCAAACUCAAUGGAAUAUUGUAGGAGAAUUCAGCAAUUUGCCACAAGAAGAACUUAUAGAAUGGAUCAAAUAUAGUACAAAACCAGAUGCAGUGUUUGCAGGUGCUAUGCCUACAAUGGCCAGUGUGAAACUCUCUGCCCUUCGGCCCAUUGUGAACCAUCCACAUUAUGAGGAUGCAGGUUUGAGAGCCAGAACGAAAAUAGUUUAUUCAAUGUAUAGUCGGAAAACAGCUGAAGAAGUCAAGAGAGAACUAGUAAAAUUACGAGUGAAUUAUUACAUUCUAGAGGAAUCUUGGUGUAUAAGAAGAUCCAAACCUGGUUGCAGUAUGCCUGAAAUUUGGGAUGUAGAAGACCCAGCAAAUGCUGGGAAGCCACCCUUAUGUAACAUCCUGGUGAAGGAGUCAAAGCCUCACUUCACCACAGUCUUUCAGAACAGUGUUUACAAAGUCUUGGAAGUACUAAGAGAGUGACCCAGCCUGCGGAGACUGCAUCAGCAGAGUCCCUCAGUGUGGAUUGUCCUUGAGACCCGACACCUCAGGGAUGCUUUCCGGUGCCCACUCCUGGGAGCUGCCGAAGAGCUGUUCUCUUUCUGCCUCUCCCCAGUGCCCAAGGACAGGCCUGCUCUGGUGGGACACUCACUUGCUUGGAGCAGAAGCUGCAAAACAGCAUCACCCUGCUUGAGUGCACAACCCCAGGCCGUGAGGUGCAUCUAGGGGAGCUCCCCACUCAGAAGUAGCCUGGAGGUUCUGCUGGCAACUCAGCUCCUCUAGAUCACCCCUGACCUCCCUGCUCAGUUGCUGGGUGACUUCUUUCUCAGGCAGCUGCAGCCAGGCAGUAGUGGAGCAUUGCACUCACAUCUGGCUGAUUCAGUACAGUUGCAACUUAGUUGUUUUGUUUUGUUUUUCAAGUCUUAUUUUUUUUAAUUACGCUGUAUUCUGUCUGCCUUCCAGUAAGUUUUUUCUUAACAAGUUCACAUGUAAUGUUUAGCAAUUCUAUACAGUAAAACAUUAGAAUCCUGUUACCUGUGCUGGAAAGCCUCCAAAGUCGUUGGAUUUGAUUUUUGUUCCAGAAGAAGCCUUUAGUAACAGUAUGUAUUAAUGUAACCCCACCAGCAAGCUGUAUUUCAGCCAGUUUAGAACGGAGGCCUCAGGCUCUCUGCACUUGCUGCCUUGGUCCUAUCUGGUAGCAGCCGGUGCUAUAGAUUAUAAAGAUCUUUUAUGGCAACAUAGAGUAGUAAUAGAUUCUGUAUCCACGACAAAGCAGUAUUAAAGCUCAGUAUUUUACACAUUUUUAGCUUUUGAAAUAUUUUUGCUUUAACAUGAAGAAAGCUAGAUGGACCAUGAGCUGAUGAAAAUAAUCACUUAUGAAAUUUGAGUAAUAAAGUCAGGACAGUUGUGUUCCAAAAAUUAAACCUCUAAAAACACAUGGCGGGAAACUGCAUCGUCAAGGAGAAAAUUGAAGGAUGUAUCGGGAAUAGAGGGAUAUUGCAUAGGAAUAUUGUAUUUUUAUGAAUUUUAUGACAGUUGUUUACAUGUACUAUGUUAAAUAAAAAAGAUGACAAAGUGGA